GGUCGAGAGAGGAAAGAGACGGCCGUGUCUAGAUAGCCACCCUCGCACCGUACUACAUUCAUUAUUGGGUCUUGAUAUAUUUCCUGUUUGAAAUUGUUUCUCUGUUGGCUGUGUGGUGGGGGGAGGGAGAUUGAGGAAAAGCGGACCCUCGAAAGGUGGGAGGACGCAGGUACGCAUGCGCAGAACGAGACGGCGUGCGCUACUUCAGUCAUUCUCCGGCCGAGGGGGAUUCCUGCCCUCAAGCUAUCGAACUGCCAAGGAAGGAGGAGCCGGCUAAGAGCCUGCGAGCUUUUCGUGCGCCUGCGCUGUGGGUCCCCUCCUUUUUUCCCUCCCCUCACGCCCUUUCCGCCGGUUCAUCUCCGAGGUGCAAAAAAAAAAAAAAAUAGAAACAAAGCUAUGAGAGACCGAACGCAGGAGCUGAGAGAGAAAGAUGAUGAAUCAGACAAUGAAAAUGUUGAAAGUGUGGCUCUAGUCACGCAGCAUGGAUCAGCAAUACACAGUAACUUCCCUGAUCCUACUGAUGGAUUCUUCCAAAUGACACGUGACAUCCGUGAAGCCUUGAAGAUACUGGAAAACAAAGUGAAGGACCUAGAAAAAAACCAGACUACAGUCUUGGCUUCACCAAUCCCUGAUGACAAUACGAAGCAAGGCCUACAAAAGCUGCGUGAGGAGAUCAAGGACUCAGCAAAAGACAUCAGAGCCCAGCUGAAGAGAAUUGAGCCCAUGAAGGAGGAACAAGAUGAGAACAGAAAUUCAUUCAACAACCGAAUGAAGAGAAAUCAGCAUGGGAUCCUUUCCCAACAAUUCUUGGAUCUCAUCAAUAAAUGCAACUCUAUACAGUCUGACUACCGAGACCGAAAUUUGGAGCGCAUCAAACGACAUCUACAGAUUACUGGUAGCACAGUGGUAUCUGAUGAAGAACUGGAUGAGAUGCUGGAGAGUGGUCAGACAGAAGUAUUUAUUUCAAAUCUCAUGAAGGACACCCAAGUGACAAAGCAGGCUCUCAAUGAUAUCGAAACCAGGCACAAUGAAAUCCUGAAAUUGGAGCGCAGUAUCCAAGAGCUACAUGACCUGUUUAUGUUCCUGGCUACAGAAGUGGAGCUGCAAGGAGACAUGAUUGACAGGAUAGAGAAGAAUAUUCUAGACUCCGGGGACUACGUCAAGAAGGGGCAACUGCACCUUCACCAAGCCCAGGAGAGUCAGAAGAAAGCUCUCAAGAAGAAGUUCAUGAUCGGCAUCUGCUUGACCAUCACAGUACUCAUCAUUAUUCUCAUCAUCAUCCUGUCCCUUGCACUUUGAAAGGACUUUCCCACCCCACCUGUGUCUCCCUUCAUGCUGCAUGAUCAAAGCCUGAUGGAUUUCCCUUGGGCUGCAUCUCUAUCCUGGAACUGUCCCCCCUUCACUGGGGAGGCCUUUGCACUACAGGUGACUGGUGGGGCUCCUCUGGGCCCCUUCAGUCCUGGAAGCACAUGCUGCCUAUGCCUAGAAAUCUUCCCUACGUUCAAAACUAUGUCCAGGUGCCUAUAAUGGUCAUAAUCUAGAAGACGCUCUUUGCUGCUUCAGUUUUGACCUUUCUGGAUUAUUUUUAUAAAGUUUUCCUCAAUGGAUACUGCAGUCCUGACUCAAAAACAGUGAUCAGUCACUUCCAGGAAAGAAUCCUCAAAGGAAGAAUCCUUUGUUGUUGUUGUUUAUUCUUGUAAAGACACAACAAAGCAACACCACGAGCAACCCUAGUUUUCCUUCACUAAUCAUGGCACAUUUUCUCCCUCUACUUAUGUCACAAGUCUUGCCUCAGCACCUUCUUCAGCCUUUCACAGUUCAUGCCAUGACACUUUAAAAAUAUAGGCUCCUCCCCACCCAAAAUAUUCUGCGUUCACCAGAGAGCAAAGGAAGAUAAGAAUAUUCUGCAGAGGUUGGGUAGAUCUUGAUCCAUCCCAUCCUAUGCUCAACCAUGCAGGGUGGGGGGGAAUCUACUCUUCAUCCUGAGCUGAUCUGUUGGAUUUUUCUCUUUGUCUUAGAGAGAGAACCUAGUUUGGUAAAAGGAUGGCAGAUGAACCCUCCUGGUCCAUUCUUGGCUGAAAUAUUGGGGUUGCCAAGCUUUUUUCCAAUUUCCUUUAGAGUUGUUGCUGUGUCUUUUCUCUACCUAUGUGCCUUAGGAAUUGUGUGCCCAACUUUUGGUCGUGACUACAGAUUACUUCAUUCUCUCUCUUGGAUCUUUUGAUCCUGAUUAAUAUUCAGGUGCCAAUCUUAAAUGGAUUUAGAGUGAACUUUGUCCCUUGUGGGAUUUGCACAGAGACCUAAAUAUGGCCUAAAAAUCAUGUUCAGAGGACCAGAUUAAAUCAAGGUCCCAAACGGUCUAGCAAGUCAAGUCAUCUGGUAUGUUUUUCCAUGCAAAUCCAGCUAAAUUAUUUUGGGAAAUCAUGAUGCAAGUGGAAAUUAGGAUCUCCUGGUCCUGUUUCUAAAAAUCCAGUACUUUUAUAUUUUGAAAAAAAAAUUAUCAGAGAAUUAAGCUUUUCCCCCUAAUUGCUUCGAAGUCUCAAUGUACUCAAAAGCAGGCUGACUAUAUUUUGUAAUAUAAAAUAAAAGCACUUUU